UAUUUACUUAGCAAUGAUUUAUAAAAAUCCAGUCACAUCGCAUUUCCAGUCUCAGUCAGAAAAAUCUUCGCGAAGCAGAGAAAAUGCUAAACCGUAUACCUCUGACUGUAACACUAUGUGCAUUGUUCUUCGGAUGUUGCAUGCCACAAGCUGUGAAGCGAUGGCCCUAUCCUAAUGACUGCCAUCGGUACUACGAGAGACGAUUGUUUGACUGUCCCCCGCAAUUUAAUUGGAACCCACAGCUUCAACAAUGUGAUUUUCAGACCCCCACUGGCUGUUUCCCCAUAAAUUCGAAUCCGAAUUGGAACAACUCCGAUCCGAGUUCACCAGCGAUCACAGAACCAGAAAAUCCCGAUCUCCAGAAACUGUGUGAGAAUAAGCUCAACCAGCUGAUACCCUACCCAGGGAAUUGUAGCCAGUACAUUCAGUGCGAUUAUCUGCCCUUCGUAAUGCCCUGUCCACAAUAUCUCUUCUGGAACUCCCAGCUACUUACAUGCGAUAAAAUUUGUAUUUCGGGUUUUUGAAACCACAUCGCCAAA